UGAGGCCUAUAGCUUCAGCAAGCUAGUGUUGGAAUAGUUAGAAGUUAAAAGGCAAUAAGCAAAUGAAAAAAAACAUAUUUUGUAUAAACGCUCGAAUAUUUCAGAUUUAUAUAUACAUAGUGCUGUAAUUUUGAAGGUUGUUCUGCAGUGGUUGGAGGUGUAUUUUUCCAAAAUGGCUACAGACUGGCUUGGAAGUUUAGUUUCUAUAAAUUGUGGAGAGACAUUAGGUGUUUUCCAGGGGAAGGUGUCAUCUGUUGAUCAGACUACUCAGACAAUCUCAUUAAGAGAGCCUUUUCACAAUGGAAUCAAAUGCCCUGUCCCUGAAGUCACAUUCAGUGCCAUGGACAUCAAAGAACUCAAGAUUUUAGAAAUCCCUGGUAGUAGUCAUGGAAUACAAUCAGAUUCGCUUCCAUUAGCUCAUAACUCAAGAAAUGCAAAAGGAACUGUUAUACCUAGUACUGCACCAGUUGCAGUGCCUCGUAAAGAUGAAGUAAAAACUCAAGAAGGCUUCAACUCGCCUCAGCAGUGUUCAAAGAGUUAUGGAGAACGUCACUUUGAAGCUUUCACUCAAGCUAAAGGUUUUCGCCGACGUCACAAUUCAUGGUCAUCAAGUAGCCGUGGACCCAACCAGGCAACUCCUAAGAAGAAUGGAAUGAAAAAUGGAGCACACUUAAAAAAUAAAGACGAUGAAUGCUUUGGUGAUGGAAUUGAAGAGAUGCUGGACACCGAUUUUGAUUUUGAAGGAAAUUUGGCUCUUUUCGACAAGGCAGCUGUAUUCUCUGAGAUCGAAACUUCAGAACGUAGAAAUGGAGAGCGAGCUCGUGGCACACCAAAUGAACGCACACCUUCUCGUUAUAGGCAUGAUGAGAAUAUUCUCGAAGCUGAGCCCAUUGUCUACAGACAGAUUGUUGUGCCACAUCAAAGUGGUAAAGAAUAUUGCACUGAUGCUGGUCUCGUUGUGCCAAGUAUAUCAUAUGAGUUGCACAAGAAGUUACUGGCCAUUGCAGAAAAGCAUGGGUUGUCUUUGGAGAGAAGACUUGAGAUGGCCGGUGUCUGUGCUAGUCAGAUGGCACUGACCUUGCUUGGUGGACCCAAUCGGCUCAACCCGAAGAAUGUACAUCAGCGCCCCACAGUGGCUCUUCUAUGUGGCCCACAUGUUCAGGGUGCUCAAGGAAUCAGCUGUGGUCGUCACCUUGCCAACCAUGAAGUUCAUGUCAUCCUCUUCCUUCCCAACUUUGUCAAGAUGCUGGAGUCUAUCACAAAUGAGCUGACUCUCUUUGGAAAGACAGAUGGCAAGCAAGUCUCCAGUGUUAAAGAUUUACCAGACAGUCCUGUUGAUCUUGUGAUUAAUUGUUUAGACUGCCAUGAAAAUGCCUUCCUUCGUGAUCAGCCAUGGUACCGGGCAGCUGUGGACUGGGCCAAUCAGAACCGUGCUCCUGUUUUAAGCAUUGACCCACCCGUGAGUGCUCGAGAGCAGGCAGUAGAUGCAAAGUGGUCCUUGUCCCUUGGUCUGCCACUGCCUUUAGCUGAGAGUGCAGGACGUGUUUAUCUUUGUGACAUUGGCAUUCCUCGCCAGGUUUUUCAAGAAGUUGGCAUCAGUUACCACUCUCCUUUUGGAUGUAAGUUUGUUAUUCCGCUUCACUCAGCCUAAAAUAAUGUAAACAUUCAUAUGACACCAACAGCCUGCAUGAAGUGAAUAACAGAAGCAGGAAAUGAAACAGUCUCCUAAAAUGUAAAAGAAUAUUUCUUACCAAGAAUUCAUUUCUGAACUGAUCAUGAGCAGUGCCAUUCCUGGCUGGAAGGUAACAUUCAAACUCCCAGGUGUUAUACAGAAAGUUGAUCUUUUAAAUGUUAUAUUUUUAUGUUAGUGUGUAACCAAAGAAAGCAAAAGUAUCAGAGUUCUGAACUGAGUCAAUUUGUGGACCAUUACUUGUGAUAAACAAGUUUACACUCUAAUGCCGGAAUCUGAAAAAUCAAACUUAAAAAGGAGUUCUUGAGAAAGCCUUGCAGUGGCUGAGCCAGGUAUUGAGUCUACUAUUUGCACUAUUCAUUUUUUUUUUCUUUGUAAACCUUUACAGAUCAAUUUACGAUUCAUGUGGAAUGUGACAUUAGGAAAGUAAAGGACUGUGCUCUUCUUCAUUUUCAUUUCAUUUUGUGAUGUCUGUUAAAACACUGUUUAUCACAGAGUCUGCUCUAUAAGUUGUAGCAACAGAAAGUGUGAGCUGAGAAGCAAUAAUUCAAAAAAUGCAAAGGAGAUCUAUUUUACUUUGAAUGCAUAUAUUUUAUUAUAAUGCUGCUGUUAUACCAGCACUUACAGCAAGAGUUACAGACUUCUCAGUAAUUAUAUAGACCGCCUUAAAGGGACGGCUGCUCUUAUAGUAGAUUGUGGUGCACCACGGGGUCGCUAAGGUUUCUUGGUCAGGAUGUCUCAACCCUUUUUUACUGGCAAGAGUAAGUGAAUUGUAUUUGUGUCAUGGAGUAAGCUGUUAAAACAAGUUUUUAACUGACUUUAUUCAUAUGAGGUAUAUAUACAGUGCGGGUUUGAUUAUUUCACACAUUGCAGAGUAAGCAGUAUGUAGUUUUAUUUUCAGAUUUUUUCGUCUGAGUUGAUCAUUUCGAUCACUCAAGAAAAAUGGCAUUUUGUGCCAGAAUGGUUUUCAUAGAAUUGUUUUAAAGGAAUUUUUUUUUUGUUAGAAUAUUAAAUUCUAAGCAGAUUUCAUGAUUUGUUCUGUCUUGCAUUUUGAGAGAAAUUUUGAAUACUCUGAUAAUUUAUGCUAAAUUAGAUAAGAAAGAGGGUUUAAGAAGAUACUUAGAUGGGCGGCUCUCUGUCAAAUGCCGUUAUAAAUAUUCCAAAAAUGAUGCGUAGACCAAAUAUAAUCAGUGUUGUUCCAGACCGCCCCAAACCCCCUUGUAGUGUUAUGUUUUAAGUUUGCUUUAAGAAGCUCUGGUAGUGUUUACUGGAAUCCUGUGCCUUUGAAGACUUACACUUUCCUGCACUCAAAAAAGGGAAAACGUUCAGGGAAAUUUGUAUGUAGACCUAUGUAAGAACUCAAUUUUGUAAACCUUGUUCCUUUUAUGUAGUUAAAUAUGCAUUUAAAACACAGUAAGUUAGUCGGUCACAAAAGCCAAGCACCUGCUCUGCCAUUCCACCAGCCUCAUUCUUUGCUUGUUCAUUCAGCAUGGAGUGGCGUGUCUUAUUUGGGAAGGAAAUUAUUCUAGUAAUCACGGGCCACAAAUGAAUAUUACAGAAGUCAAAUACGUAAUAGCUCCGUGUAGUGGAGUAGUUAACGUCCCUAGUUUUACAAUUCAAAUAAGAAGCCUUCUUAAUGUUUUAAGGCAGUUUUUCACUUGAAUGAGACCCUCCAUGUACUGUCCUGAAUGUGUGUGUAAAUACUGUGGAGUACGGGGCGCCUUUUCUAGUUUUGCUCCUCUGCAAACAGUCUGGACUUGAAUCAGAUUGGUUUUCUUUUUUCAGUCAUUACUGUAUCUGCAUAGACAUUCUUAUGGCUAAAUACACCGAUCUUUUCAGUUCACUGCAUAUGUAAAGUACGAAGAAGGUAAUUGAAUGAACAGUUCUGAAAUACAUUUGUAAAGUGAUUUAAGAUGUGUUCUCCAUAUGUGAUUAAGUACAUUUUUCUGCUGCUUUUUCUUUUUUUUUAUUAUUAUACAAAAGCCAUCUGAGUGGCAUACUUGAAAGGAGGUCCUAAAUAUACAAAAUAUUUUCUUAUACUAAUCAAAUUACUUCAAAUGGCCGAGAUAAUUACAUUUUAUAAUGUACUUUAGUUAGAGUUGUAUGAGGAACAAAACCUUUUUGUUCAGGAACCAAAAUCAAAACUAUUUCUUUUUUUAAUAUUGUAACAUAUUAGUUUGUCUCAUACUUCACAAUGUUUGGUUGUUUGACUAUAAAUAUUUAUUUUCUUCUGUUCCAAA